AUGAACCAGCGGAAAUCCCAAAAUUUCAUCUCUAAUAACCAUGAUACGGCAAAGACGAGCAAGGCUGCUGCAUUGCAUGAAUACCAGGACACAGAGGGGCACUUCUCGCUUGUCAGAAACUUCCGCCUGGCGGACUUAGUCACCAUCAUGAACGGGGUGUGCGGGUCGUUCUCCGUGUUCAUGUCUGCAAAAUAUCUUGUGUCCAACGAUGAGGACUAUCUAUGGUCGGCCCUGGUCUUCCCAGUGUUGGGUCUUGCAUUCGACUUCUUUGACGGGAAGGUUGCGCGGUGGAGAAAUGAGAGUAGCAUGCUGGGACAGGAGCUGGACAGCCUCGCUGAUCUGAUAUCCUUUGGUGUCGCGCCCGCUCUUCUUGCAUUCGUAAUCGGCCUGCGGACAUACCUUGACACGGUGGUUCUGACUGGUUUCAUAUGUUGCGGCCUCGCGCGUCUCGCGCGGUUCAACGCCACGGUGGCGCUGGUCCCUAAAGACGUGAAGGGGAAGGCGCGGUAUUUCGAGGGCCUCCCCAUUCCCUCAUCACUCGCCCUUGUUGCGGUGCUGUCAUAUUGGACAAAGAAGGGGUGGAUCGAAGGGAAGGAAGGCAUCCCGGGCGGCACAAUAACACUCUGGGGCCCGCCGGGUGGAGAUGGGGAGCUGCAUCUGGUCAGCAUUGUGUUCGCGUUGUGGGCUAUGGCGAUGGUGAGCAAGACGCUGCGGGUGCCCAAGCCUUGA